GUACAGCCUAUAAAGGAGGGGUCGGUCACAGGUUCAUACUGACCUUACAAACCUCACUUUUGCUUAACUCUGCCGCAAGUCUACACCUGCUGGGUUCAUAUCGUAUCACAUUUCUCUCUAAAAGUUCUAAAAAGACCAAUUUUGAAAAUGGAUAAGUUUAGGAUUAUGAUGCAGUUCCUACAAGCCAACCAAGAAUCUUUCAUGAAUGGUAUUUGUGGGAUAAUGGCUCUGGCAAGUGCUCAGAUGUAUUCAUCUUUUGAGUUCACCUGUCCUUGCCUCCCCGAUUACAAUUACGCGUACGGGGUCGGUAUUCUUGUCGUUCCGCCGAUAUGGUUCUUCUUACUGGGAUUCGUGCUUAACAACAACAUAUCAGUGUUGACUGAAGAGUGGAAGAGACCCGUUGGGAAGCGCAGGAAAGAUCCAGGAGUUUUGCGCUACAUGUUUAGCUCUAUGACUCAACGCGCUCUCAUCGCACCGGCUGUGUGGAUUGCAGUGACUUUAAUGCAUGGAAGAAGUUUUAUCUGUGCUUACAGCCACAGCAUGGAUUUAUCGGAGUUCAUCAACAGCAGCUAUGAAACCUUACCCAAAAAGGCGCUCAUUAAAUUACAGGCAACGUUACCAUGUUCAGACGUGUUUGAUGCGCACGAUGUUAUUUCCAAAGACGCGGCCAAGAGAUACAUUCGCUGUUUGUCACAGGCCUGUGGAUGGUGUUUCUUAAUGCUAAUAACUCUAGCAGCUUUUUUGGCACGGGCAAUCCGACCUUGUUUCUCACAAGCCGCGUUCCUGAAAACCAAGUAUUGGUCGCACUACAUUGAUAUGGAGCGCAAGUUAUUCGAUGAGACGUGCAAAGAGCACGCCAAAAGCUUUGCCAAGGUCUGCAUACAGCAAUACUUCGAGAGCAUAAGCGGUGAAAUUGUGCAACACUUCCGUCUUCCCGAGAAGAAAGGAAAAGGUGAUAAAGAUGAUGAUCCAGAAAAACAGAAAAGCGAUGAAGAGAAACUUCUAGGGGUCCGUAGAGAAGAAGACAUGAACAAAGUCCUGUGGAACUGGCAUAUAUGUAAACCACCACUGAACCUGAAAAGACAAAUUAAAGAUAUGAAUGGACAUGCACAUUCAGAUACUAACAGCUUCUCUAGUGAAUAUCUCACUCACACAUCUAUGAAGAAAACAACUGUGGCGUACUACUCCAAAGUCUGACUUAUUAUUUGAUCCUACUUUGAACUCUCAUGAUAGCAUAGUCUAGAU